AUGUCGUCGGCGACCUGGCCUCAGCCUCCGCAAGCCACUCUCGACGACGCGAGGGCUUUCAAACCGUUUCUGGGUGAGUAAAACGAGACUCAUUUCAACGGCGUUAGUAUUGACGCCAACGGCGAACGGGAAGGUCCCCAAGGUGUGGCCUUCAGUGUGUGAUAUGCAUGAUCUCGACUUGGCGACAGUCUCAGCUCCAAGCGGGUAUCGCACUGACAUUCACAUGACGUCCUGACUGUGUGGUAUCUACCUCCCUCAAAAAAAGAAACAUUGGUCAUCGCCUAUUUUUCCCAGGUGUUUAUCUUGGGAAUGAUCACCGCGAAAGCAGUAACCUACUUCUCGCGCGGCUCGAGGGACCCCACAAUAGUCAAGUCAGCCCGCGCACCACGGUGGUUUCUCCGAGGCCGUUUUCCGCUUCUCGUGGCUGACUGGUCGGCUCCUUGCUUUUGGAGAUUGUGCAGAGUUUGUGUUGCAUCUUCUGUCCUGAUUCUGUGGUGCAAGUCGGGCUUGGACUUCAAGACAAUAUGGAACUCGGUGAGAUACAACCGCAAGAUUCACAGUUCAAGACACGGAGCCGACUUUUGUUUGCGCUUCUUCGUGCGCUUCUUCUAGGCAUUCUUCCUCUCUUACAGACACCUUGAGCGAGCUCUUCCAUGGUCUCUCCUCACUUCGCUCAUCAUCAGCCAGAUACCGGUGGCAUUGUCCCAGGUGUAUCUCUGCUAUCGACUUUGGUCGGUGGGUUGGCCCAAACAGAACUUAGACCCUCUAUCGCUUUUGAAGGGUGCCCUCAUGGACUGAACUCCUUUGUAAUAUUCAGAUUUCCAAAAAGCAUUUCCUCUCCAACGCCAUCGCCAUGGCUGGGACAUUGUGUUCGACGAUUCUCUUCAUCAUCUACGCCAUCCUCCGGGGUCAGUUCAUUUCUCGAUCGCCAGACUGCAGUGGGCGAAUGCAUCGGGGUCUGAGCUCUCACCGCCCACGCUGUCUCAUAUUUGGUGCCCAGUCAAGUAUCCAAUACCGACUGAAAGACAAGAUCGUGCGCAUGCUUGGGUCCCACCUUGGGCGUUCUGCACUUGCGUGAGUGCCUCAGUGUGGGUCUUCGUAGUACCAACUCGCCGAGCUCGCGAUAACUGACACUAGUCGUGCUGCUCACGCAGUUCACGGAUAUCUACCUAUCCCUGACUUCUGCAUUUUACUUACUUCGAACGAGAAAAAAGGCGGUCGGGGAUCAGUGGGUUGCUUGAGACAAACUAAAUUGUCCUUUGACGAAAGGCUGAUGCCAAUCAAGGAGUCCUCGUGCCAGGCUCGACUACAUGCUGCUUCGUUUGGCGUCUCUGUCUAUCACGACGUGUCUUCCGCCGGCACUCAUGUCGGCCAUCAUGGCAAUUCUCGAGAUCACGAAAUCGACGGGGGAGGUGCGUACUCUUAGACAGACACUCAGCUUGUGCAAGAGAAGCUAAUCCUCCGUUGGGUAAUCGCCGCAGGCUUGGGCGUUCUUCACGAUCAUCAUUGCAAGCGUGUAUACGCUCUGCAUUCUUCAUUCACGUCAGUGUUCGCCUCUCUCGGCAUUCAGAACUAAGGCUACUGAUACAUGUCCACUCAAUGAGCAGUCAACUCCCGCCAAGAGAUCCUGGAGGAAGCACGCUCUCGCUCGACGAUGAAAAACCCUUCGCCCCUGACCCCCGGACCAAGUCGCGUGCAAGCCCCAGCACAAAGGCUCACUAACUCAAAAGCAGUUGGACUAACCCAGCUCUAUUACCUCAAGUCCAAACCAUCCUCUCAACUUCCCAACCAACCUCUAGGACGCAAUGACGGCCCCCGAACCUCCGAGUCACUCGAUGGAAACGGCAGCCCAGUUGGCAGAAAACUCCUUUCCGAUCGAGUCCGAGGUCCAUCACCUUCAGUAGCUGCAGGAUGCGCAACUCACGAAAUCGCAGGAUGGCUCUCAAGGUCAGGGAGCGGCCAGUGCGGCGGGUAAGCAGCUUCAGGUGCAGGUGUUGAAGGGGACCAAAGGGUGGAAUGGUGAGAAGUAGUCGCCGAUCUAUUACUAUUCGAUUUGCUUCGCCUACUGAAAGGCGUGGAUAAGGUCGACCCUCUUCAUCAGCCUUCAGCUGCAAGCAUUUUUUAAAAUAUUUGUAGAGUUGUGUGAAACAUGUGGACAUAUUUCUGGGGAACACCUCGGCCGUCACUUUGCGGAAAUAAGGGAUGAUCGCAAGUACGACUGCGAUGCGAUCGUCUCCCAGGCCAAUCACGGCGCAAACGUCGUCUCGGAGUGGCCCGCAACUUGCUUGAGCGCAUCAAGACGCAUUUCCCCGAGAUCAAGUACUCUGACUUGUGGACCCUCGCCCGUGUAUACGCAAUUCAGAAGAUGGGCGGACCUAAGAUCCCUUGGCGAGCGGGCCGCAAGGACCGCAAGGACGGCAACGUCGAAAACUGCACCCCCGACGCUGACAAGGGCUCGGAGGACCACUUGCGCCAUCGCCUUCAUAGCGCCGACAACCCCCGGCCAUGUAAUCAUCGACAUGGAGCUCAUCACUGACCACAAAACCAUCAAAUGGAGUUGGCUGAUUAAAAGGAGAGUAAUUAUAGCCCUUGACCACUUUGAUCAUGAUAUUCUGCCAGGAGUUGACCGAGGCGAACGAGCUCGAAACCGCCUGAGGUCUGGUCCCGAUGCCCCCGGGCCCCUCUUCGUAGUCCCGGUGGCACCUUACAACUACGCCAUCGCUGGUUAUACUUCAGACUUUGUCAACUCCAGGACCCGAUCCUCCGCAAAGCGCUCGAGGUUCUCGUUCAGCAGGGCAAGUGUCAAGCAUUCCGAGGCGUAGGUGAGGCUGGCGACGAUUUCAAAUUUGCAUUAUUGCACUUACCCGAUGUCGACUCGCGUCCCUUCAGCAGACAACAAGUGACCAAACCGUCCUCCUCAAUGGAUAAUGGCGUCCAUGCUCGGAUGAUCGCUCGAAAGUAG